AUAUGGGGCUUGGUUCUUGUUACCGCUGUUGCCAUUAUGCUAUAUCAGAUCAUUUAUCAAGGCAUAAUUUACUCUAAAUCACCAAUCAACACGCGUGUUGACGUCGAGUUUGCCGAAUAUCUCGAGUUUCCAUCUGUUGUUAUCUGUAACUACAAUUUAUACAGAAAAUCAUACUUGGAAAAGAAUGAGAAAGAGUUUGCCGAUUUCCUGAGAUACGUAGCAGAUCUGACGGCGACCCAUCAAUCAUUCGAUUACUCAACGUACAGAGGCAACUUAACCACAAGAAACUUUACAAACUUGAGUCUGAACGCGGCCCAUCAACUCGAUAGUAUAUUACUAGCAACGUUCGACAAUGAAGCCAUUUCGAGUGCAAAUUUUUCUCUUUCAAUUCUUGAAUUUGGGGUGUGCUUUACCUUUAACUACAACACGAUCGACCGUUUGAGAGCUCGGGCGCCCGGGAUUUCACAUGGACUACAAGUAUUGCUGGAUGUUAGAGAGUGGGAGUAUUUCUACUCACCCGCUCUAGGUAUUCCUGGUUCGUCUGGGUUCCAGAUCCAGGUCUUUGAUAGUAACACCACUACCCCGCGGGUCAACGAGUACGGGGUAGCCGUAGGACCAGGAACGCGAACCCUUAUUGGUCUUAGUCUUUAUGAGAGCCAUAACUUACCACCUACUCUCGGUGGUAAGUGCGGAGAGAAAACACUCAAGUACCACGAUGUAUACCGAGUGAGCUCGUGUCGGCUCGAGUGUCAAACAGACUUCGUGAUCGCAUCGUGCGGAUGUCGUGCACAUUUUAUGCCAGGAUCAGACAGGGAAUGUAACCCACCAGAAAUGAUGUGUGUUCGAGAUGCUGCCAAAACUUUCAACAAAGACGCAGCCUUCCGCUGUGAGUGCCCUAUCCCCUGUCGCCAAGUCAGAUACGAGGCCACUGUCUCGCAAACCAAAUAUCCCUCCGAUUUUUACAGCAAAUACCUAGCGGACCAGAUUUCAGCUACACGGAAUGUAAAUUUGACUGAAGACAAUUUCAGGGACAGCUUAUGUCUCAUCAAUAUAUUUUUCACCGAGCUCAUCCGACAUAAGACAACACAACAACAGGCCUAUUCAUUCGUUAGCCUCCUCAGUGAUAUAGGAGGCUCGCUCGGGAUGUGGAUUGGCGGAAGCAUUCUUACCUUAGUUGAAGUCUUUGAUAUUAUGGGAUAUUCAAUAUUCAAAACCAGAGGAAGAUGAUCAGAGGCGGGGUGAGGGAGGGGGCGACCACCCUCUAUGAUUUUUCAAGUAAUGAAUAAAAAAAGAAUAGAGAGAGAAAAAAAGAAGAAACGGAGGGAUAGAAGAAGAAAGAAGGGUAUAUUCAACACCAAAGGAAAAUUAUCAGGGGCAGCACCAAAGAGGGGGACAGGGGCGACAUCUCCUCUGUGAUAGUUCAAGUAAUGUGAAGAAAUAACAAAAAAAAAAUAGGAGGAAACUGGUGGAGAGAAGAAGGAAAAAUGUUAUAAAAUGAAAGGUCUGGGUCUCCAGUAAUGAAAAAAGAGAAGGAGAAAGAAGAAAAGGGUG